UGUCCAUGGAGAGAGGCUGAGGUGUCCGAGCCCGGGCCCGAGGCAGCGGGGGCGGGGGGGGGGGCGCGCCGCGACUGCCAAGAUGUCGGCUUCGCUAGUCCGUGCCACCGUCCGGGCUGUGAGCAAGAGGAAGCUGCAGCCCACCCGGGCCGCCCUCACCCUGACACCUUCAGCAGUAAACAAGAUAAAACAACUUCUUAAGGAUAAGCCUGAGCAUGUAGGUGUAAAAGUAGGCGUCCGAACCAGGGGCUGUAAUGGUCUUUCUUACACUCUAGAGUACACAAAGACGAAAGGAGAUUCUGAUGAAGAAGUCGUCCAGGAUGGAGUCAGAGUGUUCAUCGAAAAGAAAGCACAGCUGACACUUUUAGGAACUGAAAUGGACUAUGUUGAAGACAAAUUAUCCAGCGAGUUUGUGUUCAAUAACCCAAACAUCAAAGGAACUUGUGGCUGUGGAGAAAGCUUUAAUAUUUGAGACCUCAGGACUCCUCUGGGCGAAAGCUCCAGGAAAGCGCAUGCAUCCUUGGGGCUUACUGACGAAUUCAUGUGACUGGCACGUGCUUUGGGUCUGUAACGUGUGGCUGCCUCGUGGGGAGAAUAAAGCAAUGCAUUUUGAA